UCUCUGAUUUUGUUUUUUUGUUUAGGGAAGGAAGGUGAAGGUGAGUUGUGUUGUACUGGUGGAUUUGUUUUUCCAGCACAUCCGCAACACAAUAUAAAACCAAACCAACAAACAAACAAAACUGAAAACAGAUCAAAGCCAACCAACUCAUAAUUAAAGGUUUGAUCCACAGCUCUCUCCUCUUCACUUUCAUGGGCAUUUCCUGAUCUUCUAAUCCAUCCAUUUCUAGAGCUUUUCCACCUUCUUUUUGGAGAUGGUUUUGUGUUUGGGGACACCUGAAAGGCUGAAACUCCCGUUCUCCGCGAAGUUCUAGAGAUGGAAGAGGGCACUAAGCCUGAUAGUCAUUUGACAUCAGCUGUGGCCUUUGUAGAAGGUGGGAUACAAGAUGCCUGUGAUGAUGCUUGCAGCAUAUGCCUCGAGGAUUUUUCUGAAAGUGACCCUUCAACGGUGACUACUUGUAAGCAUGAGUUUCACCUCCAAUGCGUUCUAGAAUGGUGCCAGAGAAGCUCUCAAUGUCCCAUGUGUUGGCAGGCCAUCAGCCUGAAGGAUCCUACCAGUCAGGAAUUGCUUGAAGCAGUAGAACGUGAAAGGAACUUUAGGGUUGCUCCACAAAGAAAUACCACUAUCUUUCACCAUCCUACCCUCGGCAAUAUUGAAUUGCAACACUUACCUGUAGGUGCAAAUGAUGCUGAACUUGAGGAGCGCAUACUUCAGCACUUGACUGCUGCUGCUGCAAUGGGAAGGGCCCACCAUCUUGGUGGGCGGGAAGGCCAUAGGAGUCGGUCAUCUGCUCAUGGUCGUCCACACUUCUUUGUAUUUUCCACACAUCCUGAUGCGCAGCCUUCUGGUCCUGUUUCUUCCGCUUUGACUCAGGCCGGCGGAGAGACUGAACCAGCUGUAAUUGCUGCAGCUAGUCCAUCCACGCCACUUCCAUCUCGUGGUGACGACUCAUCGCAGCAUGGUCUGCAGUUUCCUCCCAUACGUACUGGUCAACAUUCUUCCUCUACUUCAGGAUCUACUUUAGUGCCACCACAUAGACGUGGUGUUUCCUUUAAUAAUCGAAGCACCUCUAGUCUUUCCUCGCCUCAAAGUCAAGAUAGAGCAGGGCCAUCUGAUUUUCAGUCAUUUUCAGAGUCACUUAAAUCUAGAUUUAAUGCGGUCUCUAUGAGAUACAAAGAUUCAAUAUCCAGAAGCACAAGAGGGUGGAAAGAGAGGUUCUUCUCCCGCAACAAUUCCAUGUCUGGUAUUGGUUCUGAAGUUCGGACAGAAAAUGCUGGAAUUGCGAGUGUAUCUCGUACGACAGACCAUUUUGUUUCUAGAGAAAAUAAUAGAGCUAGCCAAGCUUCUAUAUCAGAUCAUUCGGCCGAUUGUGUAGUUACGGAGCCAAACAACGAGAAUAACACGGAGACACAUGGAGAAAGCCCUUUGAAUAGCAGCAAUGCACCAGCUCCUUGUGCUGCAAAUUCAGUUUCACGUUAAGUUGUCAAACAUUGUUUCAGCAAUGCGUCUGUCCUCAGCAUUUCAUCUUUGAAGGUUGUAAACCCAUUUCUUCAGAAAUGACAUGCUGAGGAGAAAGAUGCUUUGCUAAUCAGGCAUGGUCAUGGUGAUUGUGGUCUGAAUGAGAGAAUAAAAAAGAGAGGAAGUUUAAGAAACAGCUUCUGGACAAACCUUUAUAAAAAUGAGCAUUUAUGUGAUGUAAAUUGUAUAAUAUAACCACAAAAUUAGUGCAGAAAUAUAUGUAACUCUGGAGGCUUAAGACUUUUGGCACCAUCUCAAUGUAAACUCUGUUACGUUUUAUAGUGUCAAAGUCAAUAUGUUUUCAAUUAUUUAUAUAAUACAUAUACAAAUAUACAUGUUGUAUUUACUUGUA